AUGGAAGUAGGAAACAAAUCUGAAGGAACAGAAGAAGUUCCUGGACUCUCUGAGGUGCUUGUGUACAAGACAUAUGAAGUGUGGGAACUGCUCAAAAGCGGGAGUCGUGUCAGAUCUGUUGGAUCUACCAAUGCCAAUGAGCUAAGUAGCCAAUCUCACUGGCUAAGAAAGCAAAACAUGAUGAGAAAGAAACCAAAAAGUUGCACGAUAAUCUUCAGUCUAUGCAACUCCGUCUUUCUGCAAGAGAACACAUAUGUAGAACUCUACAAGAAAAGGUGCCUGACUACAAUAUCGGAAAAAAGACCUCCAUUAGUUACUUCCACAUCAAAACUCCGCCUUCCUCUCAGAAGAAUCACAAAUUUUGUGUCCACUCCCAAUUUCAGCAAAAUUGCCUCAAAUAAGUUCAAGAUUGUUCAAACACAUCCUAUUGUUAGCUCUUUGGUCAUUAGUUGGAGUAUCACUGAGAUUAUUAGAUACUCUUUCUUUGGGACAAAAGAGGCAUUUGGUUCUACUCCACACUGGCUUUUAUGGAUCAGGUAUAGCACCUUUCUUGUGUUAUAUCCAACUGGCAUCUCAAGUGAAAUUGCUAUGAUCUAUAAUGCAUUGCCUUAUAUGAAGGAGUCUGAAAAGUAUUCCAUAAGGAUGCCCAACAAAUGGAACUUUUCAUUUGAUUACUUCUAUUUUGCUGUUGUGGUGUUAGCAGCUCUAUAAUUUCAUGUAUAAUUUAGGUGGGAAAUCAUC